AUGGCAUCCCGGCCGAUUCUCCUGCGGUUCGAGAGUCGGAACGGCCAGUUCCGACUCACAGUCAACCCGCAAGACCUCUUUCCCUCCCUUCAAGAAAAGAUCCGGGAACACCUACCGUCAGAUGUCGAGCCGUCAUCCAUUACCCUGUCCAAUCGCCCGAUAGGCACCGGUGGUGAGGAGAGAGAGUUGCAGGCUCUGGAUGGAGUCACGAUCGAGCAAGUUGGUCUUAAGCAUGGGGAUAAGCUCUUCCUUGGGUAUCAAGUGCACCCGACGCAGCAAAAUGGCACCUCCAACGGCUUCACACCCACCACCGUCGAGCGCCGACUGAAUGGAACCGCGGUUCCACAGGAACAAACCGUCCCCAUCCGCCCACAACCCACAUCCCCCUCGGUCAACAUCAAGAAUCCAUGGGACGUAGUGCAGCAGUCGCCGCUAGACAACCUGCUGGACAAGAGGGACGGCAAGAUCAAACGGAAACAGGACCAACGGAUGUGCAAGCACGGCCCUCGAGGUAUGUGUGACUACUGUAUGCCGCUGGAACCCUACGACGCAAAUUAUCUCUCCGAGAAGAAGAUCAAACACCUUUCCUUCCAUUCCUACCUGCGGAAAAUCAAUGCAGCUACCAACAAACCCGAGGCGGGGAGCUCAUAUCUACCACCCCUUCAAGAACCAUUCUACCGAGUGCGGCGUGACUGCCCAUCCGGACACCCCCAGUGGCCAGAGGGCAUCUGCACUAAAUGCCAGCCCAGCGCCAUCAGUUUACAACCUCAGGACUUCCGCAUGGUGGACCAUGUCGAGUUUUCCACGCCCGAUCUCAUCAACUCGCUCCUGGAUUUCUGGCGCAAAUCGGGGGCCCAACGACUGGGAUUCCUUUACGGAACAUACGAAGAAUACAAGGAAGUGCCGCUGGGUGUCAAGGCAGUCGUCCAGGCAAUCUACGAACCUCCGCAGAUGGGUGAGGUAGAUGGCGUCACGCUUCACGAUUGGCAUAACGAGAAGGAAGUAGACGAGGUGGCGUGUCUUUGCGGAUUGCAAAAGGUCGGAGUCAUUUUCACAGAUCUCCUUGACGCAGGUCGUGGGGAUGGCUCCGUAAUAUGCAAACGACACAUCGACUCAUACUACCUGUCAUCUCUUGAGAUUGCUUUUGCUUCGCGUCUCCAGGCCCAGAACCCCAAGGCAACCAAGUGGAGCCGUACGGGGCGCUUCGGCUCCGACUUUGUAACGUGCGUGCUCAGCGGUGAUGAGACCGGGGCCAUUGCCGUGAGCUCGUACCAAGCGACCGUUUCCGCAGUGGAGAUGGUUCGAGCCGAUAUCGUCGAACCAUCGGCAGAUCCCACUGUGAUGCUGGUUCAAUCCGAGGAUGACGACGAUGUAGGCAGCAAGACCCGCUACAUCCCCGAGGUUUUCUUCCGCCGAAUCAACGAGCAUGGUGCCAGUGUCCAGGAGAAUGCCAAACCGAGUUUCCCCGUUGACUUUCUGUUGGUGACCCUCACCCAUGGUUUCCCCACAGAAUCGACGCCCCUUUUCACCAACAGCCGCUUCCCCAUCGAAAACCGUGAAGUCAUCGGCGAAAGCCAGGAGCUGCGCCAUGUGGCCCAACAGCUCAUGUCGCAUGGAGAUCCCGACAAGGCCAUUCAGGGCGUUUCAGACUUCCACCUCCUGAACUUCCUGCAUGGUCUCUCCACGUUUAGCAAGGAUGAAGAAGCCCUGCUCUGCCGAGUCGCUACAACCCACGCCCCCGCCGAUGGAAUGCAGCUGUUGAAUACCCCUGGAUGGGCAACCUUGAUGACAAUUCUUCAGGAGAGUGGUGAGCGCCCCCCUAAGCGCCCCUGGCCCUCUGCGGUUGAGCCGUCUCGUCUCAAUUCCCAACCCGGGAAGCGGCGACUCGAUUCACCCACUGCCCAUCUUCCCCGCUCCAUCUCUCCCAAGUCCGACGGUGAACAACUAGCUAAAAGGUUCAAGGGAACUAGUCUAGAGUGA